CAGAGCUCUCACUCCUUUCACUCCGUUCAGUCAAGAACCAGCACACUCCUGUGUCUCACACAUCAAGAAGAACAGGAAGAGUGUGAAGUGAUGAGACUGUAAAGAGUGAACAGGAGGAGUGAGAGACAGGGAGACAGAGAGAGAGUGAGGUGAUGGAGGAGAGGGACCAGGUCUGACUCCCAGCUCGAGGACGCUUAUCUACCUGACAGAAGAGUGUGUGAUCUUGUGUAGUGUAGUUGUGUAGUUUGGUGUACAGUGUGAGAUGAUGUCCUGCAGGAGCUUCACCAUGCUGCUGUCCAGCCUUCCGCUCCUCCACCUGCUUCUUCUACACACACACGGAAGCUUGUUGGCAUCUAAUGCCACUCUGUUCAACUCCUCCCAUGCUGUCUCUAAAAUGAUGGCACUUAAACCAGCCACGCCCAUUUCUUCGUCCCACAUGCAUGCCCACAGGCGGCGUGCAGCAGAGGAGCCUGGGAGCAGCGGUUCGGAUGAACACCAGCCUCACUUAAUCAGCGCGGACUCAGCCGACCCUGAGCACCGCGUCGACUUGGCAGUAGGUGGCAUGGGUGCAGGUCUACCCACCCUGUUUAAUAGAGAAGCCCAGCUGGACUUUACAGAGGAAAACGCUGAGGACGCUGUCCCUCUCUGGCACAGUGAGGUUGUCCGGCCUGAUGGAAGUGUCCUGGACCUCGGUAGCCGUCCUCCUUCACACGAGCGAUCACUGUUUCUCAGUGAGUCAGAUGAUUCCAGCCCUAUCAUUAAAGUCAGCUUCUCUAAACCUGAUCAGCCCCAGCAGCUUGAGAUCCUACCUCUGGAGGCCCAGGGUGGAGAUCCCACCUCAUGGACACUGCUCGAUUAUUACGAUUAUCUGUCCCCGGAGUACUCCACCACUGACAGCUACUUAGAUGAUGGCCAGGCCACACCUUCAGACAUGGAGGAUGAGAAUGUUCCUCGAGUUAAGAAAGCAGGUCCUGGGGAAGGCGCGUCCAAUUUGGCUGGAACUCCAGAUGCCAUGGAUAAGGCGGAGAACGGGCGAUGCCUUCCGGGGUUUGUGCGCAGGAACAACACCUGCCAGUCUCCAUGUGACGUCUACACCAGUUACUGCUUUAAUGGAGGCCAGUGUUAUGUGCUGGAAGGAACUGGAGCAUUCUGCAGGUGUAACGUACAGGACUACGUGUGGAACAGAGGGGCUCGGUGUGAGUCGGUCGUCACGGAGUUCCAGGUGAUGUGUGCGGUGGUGAGCGCCGUCUCACUCACACUGCUCGUCCUCUUUAUGCUCAUCGUCUUCUUCUCCAAAAGACUCCAUCUACUAAAAAUUGAGAAUAGACAACUGCGAAAACGCAGUAGGUCCAGGCCCCAGUCAGAGCAGCACAACGAUAACUUCUCUCUGUCCACGGUGGCUGAAGGCUCUCAGACAAACGUAAGGAAUGAGUCUGGCUCUACGUCUCACACUCCCCAUGCUUUGGCUUACUAUGAUAACAUUAUCUGUCAGAAUGAUGCUUCCAAGCCAGAGGAACCAGUCAAAACCCCUGUGAAGGAGGAGGAGGAGGAGGAGGAGGAGGAUGAGUCUCUGAACAUUCAGAACUCGCUGAUGCCUAAAGUCGAGAACAACACCGACUCGAGAAUCAGCGCUGAUGAGCCCGAGGAGAAUGGCGUGACCAUCGAUUUGGAGCUCCUCCUCCCUAACCAGGUGAAGACACACCCCGACACGAGCCCACCGCUGCACUAUAACGUCUUCCUCUAUAAGCUCCCCAAAUCCCCCAAAUUAUCUCCGGGACGAUCCAGACCAGCGAAAGUUCUCCCACGGCCCAGACGAGGCUCUGAGCCCGGCUAUAGCCCCAUGUCCUCCAGGACGCCCAACCCCCGCCUAGGGAAAGCCUGCACACCCUAACACUGGAACCGUGAUGAUGUCACUGUGAUUAAAGGACCCGUUUACAUACUGAGAUUUGGCCAACGGUCUCAAAGUCAGGUACACACGUAGAAAGCUCACCGUGUAACGAGAAGAAACAUAGGAUUCUCCCCACAGACCUCAUGUAAGAACAUAAAGUACCGCUAUAUUCCAGACACACACUGGACAGACCAGGACAGUAACAAUCGAGAGCACCGACCCCGCCAUCGUCUCCCAGACACUUCUGAUAGAAAACAUGACACGUCUCUGCCACAUCUCCGCCCUCUCAUCUGUCACGUCACAACAAAAACAAAUGUUCCAAUGGAUAACUAAUUAAUUAACGAGGUGCUUUUUUCACAUUUUUAAUCUGAUUAAUACUUUUCAUUUAGAAUAAACACUGAA